CUUCUCCUCUACUCUCCUAGCCCCACUGACGUUGGACAACAAAGAUGGCGGCAGGAACUAGCAAUUACUGGGAAGAUCUUAGGAAACAAGCUCGGCAGCUGGAAAAUGAACUUGACCUAAAACUAGUUUCCUUCAGUAAACUGUGUACAAGUCAUAGUCACAGCAGCACUCGAGAUGGAAGACGCGACAGGUAUAGCUCUGACACAACACCCCUUUUAAAUGGAUCAAGCCAAGACAGGAUGUUUGAAACAAUGGCAAUUGAGAUUGAACAGCUUUUGGCAAGGCUUACAGGAGUAAAUGAUAAAAUGGCAGAAUAUACCAACAACGCAGGUGUUCCCUCCUUGAAUGCAGCACUAAUGCAUACAUUACAGCGACAUAGAGAUAUAUUACAGGAUUAUACACAUGAAUUCCAUAAAACCAAAGCAAAUUUUAUGGCAAUACGGGAGAGAGAGAAUCUCAUGGGAUCGGUGCGGAAGGAUAUUGAGUCAUAUAAAAGUGGUUCUGGAGUAAACAACAGAAGAACUGAACUAUUUUUGAAAGAACAUGACCACCUGCGAAACUCAGAUCGGCUGAUAGAAGAGACAAUAAGCAUUGCUAUGGCAACAAAAGAAAAUAUGACUUCACAGAGAGGAGUGUUGAAGUCAAUUCAGAGUAAAAUGAACAGUUUGGCAAAUCGUUUUCCUGCUGUGAACAGCCUAAUCCAACGAAUCAACCUUAGGAAGCGGCGAGACUCACUCAUCCUGGGUGGUGUUAUUGGUGUCUGUACCAUCUUACUGCUGCUGUAUGCUUUCCACUGAUGGGACAUCUCCUGGGACUCUUGACAGUCACCACUUCCAUGCCCUGAUCUGGAAUAAGAAAAAAUUGGAAGAAGCUGACUGCUGAUACUUAACCUGACUGGAAGAAUUAAUUCAAGACUAAUAGUGAUGGAUUCUGUAACAUGGUCAGGUUAAGCUGAAGCCACCGUGCUCUUUUAUAACACACAUUUCCUUCUGAUCUUACUUAAAAAACAAACAAACAAACUUUCAGUUACUCCUGUCUCCCUAGGAGGUAAGUAAGCCAACCAGAAACAGAGAUUCUCAGUUUUGAUGAUAGUGCUGGAGGCUAUUGACAAGCCAAACCAAACCUUACAGCUGAACUCUUCAGGAAACCAGGUUUCUGUAUAUCCGAAAACUGCUUUCUUUUCCGCCCCAGAUCAGGUUAUGAAUAAAAGUAGUUCUUGUCCUCUUACUUUACACUCAUGAGGAGAAAAUUGCAAGUCAUUUCUUGAUAAUGUGUGCUAUAAAUUUCUGCUCUCUGCCCUCGACUUUUUGGUAUUCAGAAAAAGUCCAUUCUUUCGUGAUUCUUUGAGUUACUGACAGCCAACUUCAGGACAGUUGAGGUCAUCUAAAACAGGAGGCAGGCACUGCAAAAAUACUUCUUUUCUUGUGUGUGUGUUUGUGCGUACAUGCACACAGCCUGGGAUUGAUUGUAUUACAGGAAAAGUAUCAAGAAUGAAAUACUUAUUUUGUAAGGAAUCAAUCAUAUUUUUGUUUGUUUACUUCUCCCCCUUGGAGUAAUACUACUACAAGAAAAUGAAACACAGUUCUUCCAGGACAAAAGAAACUUAAGACCAAGUGCUAGUCAGUAGCCCCAACUGUUCCUCAUCACUUCUGGACUGACACUGGUAACAGUGAGGGAGCUGCUCAUUGAUCUAGUCAGCAGAUCAUAUGUAAAGAGGCAUUAAAGGGUCACCAUUCAGGUAGUUGCACCUGUAAAUGCUAUCCAGUGCAUAAGUUUAAGAGCUAAUACUGCCUGAUGUACAGCAUUCUGUAUUCUGUGAAAGCCUGUUCAUUCCAAAAUGGUUUAGCUUUCCAAACAGCCAGAGAAUGGUUUUGCUGUUGAAGGUAUGUGUGUGUGACAGAAUCUGUCUCUACCUGCACCUGCCUUUUGUUGCCAUCCCUGAUCAGUGACAGUUUUAAGCCACCUGCCAGAAUUCAAGUUUAAUUAUUUCUCAUUUUCUGUAAAUUCAUUACUUUAUCUAACUGACCUAUCACAAAUAAGUUGUCAGCAUGAUUCAACAUCUGUACUCUUCAUUAUGAAGAAAGAUUGUUCUUUGCCACUGGAUUAUGCUAUGAUAUUUAUAAUGUUGACUUCAAACUAUGUUAUGGAAAAUAAGAGAAUAUUAGCUUAUUAGUUCAUAACUACAUCAGAGGGUGUUGACGCUUGUUGUGCAGGUGAACCUGGAUGUACAGACUGAUGGUUAGACUAACCCUUGGUCUGGUACAGAGUCUGAAAGGUGUUUCAUUUUGGUAUGAAAGUUUUAUAAUCUGGGUAUGGAGGAAAAAUUUUAUUUUUCUAAAUAUGGGUUGAUUGAUCAGGUAGUUGAUUGGGAUUGCCCUUAAAAGAAAGUUUUAAGUGUUUCCAGUGUGAGCUUUACAGGAUCAGGAAGUAAGUUCAUUUCCUACAUUCUACUAGGAGGACAGAACUUCUUUCUCUCCCCUGAUACUUUGUUAUCUUUGAUUUCUCAAAGAGCCUUGAUUGGUGGUUGUGCCCCAACUAGAAUUUAUGGGACUUUGGUUUUUGCUAUAUAGUUGGCAUUUAUAAAGUCUAAAGUAUCAUAAAUAAACUUAUUUAUUUAAUUGUACUACCAAUCUUCUUUUACUGGUCUGAGUAUUUGGUGCAGUCACUAACGCUGAUGGAGUACCAGUAAAACUUGGAUAACCAACUCAGCUUGCUGCUACUAAUAAGUAAAGAUAUACUUUGUGUGAUGACUGACAAGCCUUUCCAUUAGUGUUACUUAGAUGAAGUGGUAAAAUUAUGCUCGUUAUUUUCUUUGUGAAAAUUAACUAGUUCUUCCAAGGAAGCUGAGAAAGUUUGGCGUAGAUGUUGCUGCCAGAGAGGUCUGAGCAGUGUCCCAGUGCUGAAAGGCACAGUGAGGGUCCAGGGCCAAAUGGAGAGUGAGGACAGUGCUCGUCCUCUCCUCAGGAUGGUUUCUUUGCUUGCAGAAAGAAAGGGCAAGAAAAAAAGGUGAGACUCAGUUUGCAGCCCAUGGUAACUGAUUUGAAUUCUGUCUGUUAUGUGCCAUUUAACUCUUUUUUCCCCCCAAUUACCUAGAUUUUCUCACAUGCUAAUGAAAGUUGCUUAUUGAAAUCAGUCAGAAUUGGGAGGUCAGAAGGAAUUUUUUACUUUUGAUUCCAAAUACUAUCUCUUGGAUGGAGUUACAUUUCCUUUGUUAUUGUCUUAUAUAAUGAAUGGGGCUUUCCCUUAUGGACCAUUAUAAUAGCUUUUCAUUUCAUUUUUUUUCUUUUCUUAUCUUUAUUUAUUUAUUGGAUAGAGACAGCCAGAAAUUGAGAGGAGGGGAGAUAGAGAGGGAGAGAGACAGAGAGACACAUGCAGCCCUGCUUCACCACUAGCAAAGCUUUCCUCCUGCAGGUGGGGACCAGGGGCUUGAACCCGGGUCCUUGUGCACUGUAAUAUGUGUUCUCACCCAGGUGCACCACCACCCAGUCCCAAUAGCUUUUCAUUUCACUAAAAGAAAAAAAAAGUGAAAGAACUUGAUAACAAAAGGGGCAAAAACUUCCAAAAGGUAUACUUCUGAAAUUUCUGUUAUAAUAUAUGUUGAUUUUUUGUUUGUUUAAAUAUAUAUGGAUUUAAUAAAUUGGUUGUUGAUUAAGUUUAAGCCCAGAUAUCUGAGUGCUUCAGUUGGUCUGUCUUGGCUAUCUACAUUUUUAAAAUGAAAUGACUGUUAUUAUUAACAAUGACAGCAAGGAUCAUCUGUGAUGUGCAUCUCUCUCCUUUACUAUUCUGCUGUCAGAGGCUUUCCUUCUCCAGUGUUUCUCCUUCGUAUCAAGAUUCACUUUUAUAGGGAAUGCCUUUUUCCUGUAUUGCCCAAUUUUCAUACCAAGCUUGAGAAUAAAAGAUUGAAAAUGGGAUAGGUAAUGUGAGGAGAUACUUUGAAGGCAGUUUUUUUUUUUCACCUAAAACCAAAUAAUACUUAUUUUAGUUCUUUCCUUUUGGCUAGCUAGGUCUGAAUAGAAAAAUACUUAAUUGAACCUUUUGAUGCAGUGACUUUUGGCCUCUUGAGAAUUGAGGCCCUUUGGUCUUAUACUCCUGUCAUUUUUUUUUUCUUUAGUCUGAUGAAAAAGACUUUUAAGAGCUGUACUAGCCUCUUUUGGGGGGAGGGGGGAGUAGGAAAUUAAUACCUCCUGCUUGAAAUUAGUCAUGUAAUUUCUUGGAAAUUGAUUGACUAGUGUUAUACUGAAUCUUAAGGCAAAUAUAAUUAAAGAACAGAUGGAUUCUCCUCAGAAAAUAAGAAUGAUUGUGUUCUUUCCUCCUUUUAGGCUAGAGGUUUAGCUUUGCCUCCCCCAAAAUGAAGUUUUCUUCAUGGUCUUUCAAAGCCAAUUAUAGUAUUCCUUUGAAAGCCAACACCCAUUGAGUUUUAUAGGAGAAAGAGUAAGAAACAGUUGGAUCCUAAGGAUGUUUAGUAGAUACAAAGCUGAGACAAACCUGAGCCAUGUUUUGAGGGACCAUCUUGUCAUUGUCCCUACAGUCUCACUUUAGUAUCAUAGUGUCUGCAUCCACUCCCAUCCUGUAAGAGCUCUUAGGAAGGGAAAUCAAUUCCAAUCAAACUUCACCAUACUGAAAGAUGUUUCCUCAUGAAAAAUGCCUAUGCAGAUUUCUAGAAAUCUAUACAAAAUGCACUUUUUCCCCCCUUUUAAAAAUGGCUUCUUAGAACCAGUUUUAUUGUAUUUGUACUUAAUUUUGUUCUCAUCUAAAUGUUCAUUUUCUGACUGUACAAAAAAAGUUUUGUUAAAUAAUUUAAUAAUAAAUUAGAAACUUAA